UACUAGGUUUAUUGUUGACCAAGUAAGAAGGACUUGUACUUGCAGAAGUUGGCAGUUGAGAGGAAUUCCAUGUCCUCAUGUUGUAUGUGCCUUCUAUCACUUAGAUCAAGAACCUGAGAAUGAAAUUGAAAGUUGGUACAGACAUGAAGUAUUCCCGAAGGCUUACCAAUACUCCAUACAACCUAUUCCUAACAUGAAAAUGUGGCCUGAAUCCAACAAUCCUUCUAUUGAACCUCCUGAAGUAAAACCUAUGCCAGGAAGACCUGGAAGAUGCAGGAGAAAACAAAAGGAUGAGCCAAGAAAAAAAUAUGGCAAGUUGUCAAAGAAAGGGGUGAAGAUGACUUGUUCAAGAUGUCAUCAAUUGGGCCACAACAAAUCUGCAUGUAAAUCAGUGAUUGAAGCUACUUCUAGUCAAUCAAGUCGACCAGCUCAACCAAUGGCACCACCUCCAAAUAGAGAUUCUCAGAAUAUGAAUCCACCUUCAAUGUGUACUGACACAUCUGCUGUGAAAAGAAGUAGCCAAAGUCAAUCUACUGGAAGAGGAAGAGGAAGAGGAAGAGGAAGGGGAAGAGGAUAUUUUGCAACAAAUGCUACUGGAAGAGGAAGGGGAAGAGACAAUGAUCAACCAACAAAUAAUGGAAGCACUCAACCAACAACAAGAACUAAAAAGCCAAAGUACUCCACUGGUUUUGGAAUUUACACAGAUAUUCAAAGUGGAAGAACAGUCUUGAAUCCUGGUAUAACUACAUCUGAGAGAGUGAUAUCACCUGGAACUUUUAAAGAUGCAUCACCAACAAAUAUAGAACUUGGAUUUAAACCUUAUGGUCUCAAAUGGAAAGGCAAAAAUGCAUGGUCAACUUCUCAGCUUCAACAGUUGAGAACAAGAAGGAACUUGGAGUCUUCUACUCAACCAAGCACAUCUUCAAUAUUUCAGGGGAAUGGAAACAAUAUGUAGUGUAUAUUUUGCAAAUCUAAUGGCUGUCACUCUUGUUUUUGUGGAACUAUUUAGAGCUAACUUGAACUUCAAAUAGCUCACUCAUA